AUGGAGGGCGAGUGGAUAAAGAAGUCAGCCUAUGGCCCUUUGAUGAUGGCUAUUCAACAUAUAGGAGCUCUCUACAAGUAUGACGUCGCUAGGAUGUAUGCAUCCAUCUUGAGGAGCAGUGGCUUCAUGAUCCCAAUCAAGUGCGGCGAGUUCCAGCAUCUGACCGACGAGGAACUGGCCACAAUGAAGUCAAUCCCAUUCGGUAUCUAUCGUGCCACCAUUGUUGGCACUCACGGAGCCUUCAAGCACAACAAGAACGACUACUACACUCACUACGACCUCAUCUUUGCCAAGGAGCUAGGACUGACAUUCAACUUGAAGAGCGGCAACAAGGCCAAUGCCCUCAUCUACGACAGCAGCUGUAGGAAGUUUGGAUCCGAUCUGUUUGGCAAGUACAUCGAUCAGGUCCUCGGCUGGAUAGAUGCAUGUGAGCCCAAAUCUAGAUUAGAGGAGCUCUGCAAGUGUCUCUAUCAACGCCUCUGGGGCGCUCUCUCCAAGCGCAACAAGACCAAGCAGUGCGUCAACAUGGAGUGCGAUGAGGAGGUCAUCAAGACCAGCGACGGACAGAGAACGAUCAAGCACAUUGAUAUCAACGUUGACGAGGACUACUCAAUCGAUCGCAUCACUCCAACAGCCAAUGGCAGCGCGAUGAUCAAAUCAGUCUGCAACACCGACAUGUUCGACACUCCAUUCGCUCGGAUCAUGCCAUUCAUCAUCUCUCGUGGUCGCAAGAUGAUUGGAACGAUAAUAAAGGAUGACAUUGCCAACAUCAAGCGCGUGCACACUGAUGGAUUCGUCUCGACCAAGCCAUGGACAGAGAAGACAGGCAAGAAGUCACUCGACUACGCCAAGUUGGGCAAGGAGUGCGGUGACCUGCGAUACGAGGGCUACUGCCCCGACGCCAGCGUCAAGAACAUGACCAAGCCAGUUGGAUCAUUCGCCAUUGGAGAGCGUGAACAGGAUAUCAAAGCAUCAGUGUCUAAAUAUAAUGAUUCAGACAGCGAUUGCGACGACCUGUCAGUCGAUGAUUCGGACGACCCUUCUGACUAUGAUGAAGAUGAGGACACUGACCCAUCGAUGUUCAGAUAUCUUGACAAAAAGGACUCAGCAAGGGCAUUGAGACAAUUGAAGACUUGGUAUAAGUGUGCCCAGGAAGAUAUCCAUCGGCAAAGAGUACAGUUGGUGAAGGAGCGAGACCAAUACAAGGAUAAACUGAACAAUAUGAUUGCCGAGUUGUUCUCCAUCUACAAGAAAUAUGGCCCAGGAUCAACAUUAUAA